AUGGACGAGAAUGGAUCUCUCUAUGUCGCUGACUAUGGAAAACAUGAAGUGAGACGAUAUCGAAGAGGAGAAUCUCAAGGAACAGUGGUUGCAGGUGGCAAUGGAAGUGGAAAUCGUCUCGAUCAACUCUCUUCCCCAACAUACGUAUUCGUCGAUCGAGAUCAUUCAGUGUACGUAUCUGAUCGGAUAAAUCAUCGUGUGAUGAAAUGGAUGGAAGGUGCAAAACAAGGCAUUGUCGUGGCUGGUGGUCAAGAAAAAGGAAAUGAUCUUACACAAUUGUCAUAUCCUCGAGGAGUCGUUGUCGAUCAAUUGGGCACUGUCUAUGUGGCUGAUGCAGGGAAUAAUCAAAUCAUGCGUUGGCCUAAAGGAGCCACACAAGGAAGUGUCAUUGUUGGUGGAAACGGUAGAGGAGAACAAUCGAACCAACUCCAUUGGCCCGUCGGUUUGUCAUUCGAUCGACACGGGAAUCUCUAUGUCGUUGAUUGGGGAAAUCAUCGAGUACAAAAAUUCAAUAUCGAUUCAAAUUCUUAA